AUGCCUUCUCCUUCCCUCCGCAAAGUGUCCGACGAGCGCGACAGUCAAGAGAAAGCCGAGAAGUCUCAAGGGGAUGCUCUUGUCACCAUCACUUCUCUGGAGGGCGGAGAUGGCGAAUGGCAGUUCACCGCAGAAGAGAUCAACAAUUACGAGGUCGAUCCGGAGAUGAACAGACGCAUUCUCCGCAAGUUGGACACUAGAAUUCUCGUGCUCAUCUUCUUCAUGUAUUUGUUCUCUGCGCUUGACCGAGGCAAUCUGGGAAACGCAGUGACUGAUGGCAUGACGAAGCAGCUUCACUUCGUCGGGAAUCAGUACAAUAUCAUGCUUACUGUCUUCUACAUUCCAUUCUGUAUCAUGACGAUUCCAGGUGCGCUCUUGACCAAGAGAUUUGGACCGCAUCGGAUGCUUCCGCUCUACAUGAUGGGCUGGGGAGCGAUGGCUAUGUUGAACGCGGCAUGUAAGAAUUAUGGUGGUGUAGUCGCCGUUCGAAUGAUCCUCGGCGUGUUCGAGGGUCUGUUCGGUCCUUCCCUCGCUGUUUUCCUUUCGUUGUACUAUACUCGAGCUGAGAUGGGCAAACGGAUGGCUGCCUGGUACUCUUCAAGCGCCAUUUCCGGCUAUUACGGUCUCUUCCAGAUCAGGUCACGCCUGCACGGUUGGCAGAUCCUCUUCCUGCUCGAAGGUGGUCUGACGCUCCUUACCGCCUUCAUUUCUACAUUUGUUUUGCCACCGCAUCCAACUCGAUGCUCCUUUUUAACCAAGGAAGAGAAGAAGGCCGCCGUCAUGCGUUUGUUGAAAGAUGCGAGUCACCGAGUCAACGCUCCUUGGGACUGGAAGGAGAUUAUGGCUCCGCUGAAGGAGUGGAAGUUCUAUGUGUGGAUGGUUUAUGCUCUGUGCUAUGGAACAGCCUCGUCUACCGCCGGUACCUUCCUUCCGCAGAUCCUGGGUCGUUUCCACUAUAGCACUGUCAAGACCAACUUGUAUACCGUGGCUCCCAACAUUGUCUCCGCAGUCACACUCUGGAUCACCGUUCUUUCUUCUGAUUUCUUCAGAGAGCGGUCCAUCCAUCUGAUGACUGCCAAUGCUCUCACAUUCGCAGGAUGCCUCGGUCUCGCAUGUCUUCCUGUCAGUAGUGACCACGCGGGCUACGCUAUGUGCUUCCUCAUUUCCAUGGGUGCCUUCACGCCUACGUGUCUGUUCCACACCUGGCACAAUAACAACGAUCCGAACGAGAACGGUCGUGCGUUCCGAACAGGUGUCAUGACUUUCGCUGCCAACGCCGGAGGCAUUGUCAGCUCCAACAUCUUUCUACAGAGCGAUGCUCCCAAGUACACUCGCGCACUGAUCGUCAGUGCUGCAAUGGAGGGGUGUGGAAUCUGCAUCUUGAUCUGUCUUAGGACUUAUAUGUGGUUCGACAACCGGAGAAGGAACAGAGCGCAGGGAGUCAUCUGGACAACCAAGGAUGUUCCCACUGCCGUCCUUUUCGAGGGUCCGAAGAAUCCGUCUUUCCGUCACUUUUUGUAG